UUGAUGUCAUCAUCCACACGAUAUCAUUUUAGAAGCGAUCGACGCUUUCUUUCCCAAUCGCUAAUUUCAAACUGCUGUCGAAAUUUUGCAAGUAACUUCUGGGCAUGUUUCUAUGGCUCUCAAAAGACGUCCCCGAUACGAAGACACCGGGGCAAGAAAAUGUAGAAAAAUGUUUCAUGCCAAGGUGGAACACGAACAUGCGAAGCUACGGACCAUCUCACGCUUACGCGACAGUGCAGACAGGGAAG